AUGUACUACCCAUACGACGCUGCUCAGGAGCAGCAGCAGCAGCAACAGCAGCAGCAACCGCCGCUGCAACAACAACAGCAGCAGCAGGAUCAGUAUCCGCAGCAGCAGCAACAGCAUGCAGUCCCGCCUCUGACGUCGUGGCCGUACGCAGGCCCGCAGUACGGCGUUACUGCAGCUCCCACGCAGCCUUACACCGGGUCUGUGGGCGACGGAGCUCAAUCGUCUUCCCAGUACUACGACCCUUAUGCACCUUCAACGGCGAACGGCACAGAAGCCUAUAACACCUAUUAUCAGGCUCCAGCCUAUCCACAGCAGCCGCAGCAACAACAACAGGAAUACCAACGCCCACUGCAGCAGCAACAGUAUCAACAACCGCCCAUACAACCGCAACCACAAACGCAACCGCAACCACAGCCACAACCGCAACAGGGACAGCGGCAGCAGUCGUCGUCACUGCAACAAGCAGGGGUUUCCCCGCCGCCCCAGUCGCUCGCAGGGCCCGUGCCUUCGGUGAAUUCGCACGCCCCAGUGAGCAGCGCACGUCCCCCCACACAGCAGACUGUUCAGCAACAAUACCAGCCUCCGCGUUUAACCACGACUGGCUCUAGCAACAAUUCGAGUGUGCAAGACCGGUGCGCCUCGCCGAUUGGAAAAUGUGCCCGAGCCCCGCCGAGGCGGAGCGUGGAUCUGAAAAGCGCGCCGAACCCCCGCCGGGACAUCCCUCAGAAGGCGACAACAGAAGAGUUUCGCACAUCAUCGGGACAAAUGCCGCUUAGCGCCUGCGGCUUCAUUGCCAUUGAUGACGGUAACGCGAACCCCAAGUUCUUUCGCCCCACGACGAGCUCUGUGCCUGCGGAGGAGCGGCUGGUGCGCGACAGCAAGGUGCCAUUCGGCGCGGUGCUGGCACCGCUGUGCCACACGCUGCACCCACGCGAGGCGGUGCCGGUGGUGGAGGGCCGCCCGCCGGUGCGGUGCCACCGCUGC